AUGGGCUCGGCGCACGAGGAUUUCGAUGGCGAUGUCGACGCGGAGGGCGAACUUGACCAGCUUGAAGGCAACCCUUCUCACUCCACCCUUCCAUCGUCCAAUGCACCCCUCGCUUCUGCCAGCGGGGUUAGCAAACGCUAUCGCCCAGCACAAGCGAAGACAUUCCAAUGCCGUGGUUAUGGAGAAUGCAGGAUGGUUUUCAGUCGCAGUGAGCAUCUUGCGCGCCAUAUCCGGAAGCACACUGGGGAACGACCGUUCAGCUGUCACUGUGGGAAGCAGUUCUCGAGGCUAGACAACUUGCGGCAACAUGCCCAGACGGUCCAUGCCGACAAGCCUACUGAGAACGAAGCGAUGAUGAGGCAACUUGCCAGUCUACACGCGACAAUUACGGGCCAAGUACCGAGUCCUCCGUUGCCAGAAACCCAACCUGUCCCCAAGGCUGCGAAGUCUACAGCGAAGUCCAAGGAAACGCGAAGCACCAAGAGGGUCAAAGCUAUCAAGCAGGAGGAAGAAAACGUUAGCAUUACAGUGGCUCAACGGCCUGGGACCAGUACGGGAUAUGAAGGGGCUGUUGGGUAUAUGGAUGUCGACGUAGACGUUGAGCCGAAGGAAGAACAACAACCCUCUCCGCCGCUUGCGGCGCGGGGGUCCUUUCGAGACGGAGAAACAAAUCAUUCCUUUCGGGACUACACAAGGAAUGACGACCAGUCCUUUCGAGUCAACCAGUCCUUUCGAGGCCAACAUCAACACCAAUACUUCAGCCGUCCAUCAACCACUCCAUCUCCCGUCGAUACCCCAGGAGGCUACUCAAGCAAAGUCGUCACCCCAAUCGGCUUCUCCCCCGGGAAUAGCAUCACCACUGGACUAUCACCAAACGGAAAUGCUCCCCGCCCGAGCACCAGCAACGGGUCCCAUUCGCUCCUCCCGCCGCUCUCAUCCGUCGUCCCCUCCGCAUCACUCACAUUUCGUCGGCCAUCAACCGGAGCAGCCAACACCUCCAACAACCUCGCCAACAGUCCCUCCUCUGGCAUACUCCUACCCAAUUCACUCACCCUACGCCGUCCAUCCACUGGUGACUGGAACUGGGAUGGGUUCAGUGCAAGACCUGGAACAGCACCAGGAAAACUCGCUGCCAGCGGUUUCACCCCAGGAGCUGUUGGAAGCAACUACUCCAGCGAUGACGCGUCGCCCUUCUCGUUCCAUGUCCCGGACCAGCCCACCAGCAACUCGCGGAAACGCACGAUCAGCAGCACGCAUGGGCCGUAUGGCUCCCAUCCAGACGAUGACGAGAGCCAGUCCCGACCCACGAGUCGCAGACUCUCCGUUAUGGACCUCGUCCACGACGACAACGACCACACCGGUCACGUGAACGGGACCGGCCAAUUACCACCAAUGGGCUCGUAUCGCGAGCCUCUGCACUUGACCUCAGCGACGAGCACGACGGAGAGUCCAGGCAGUUCGCAUACCAGCCACAGUCUGUCUCCCCCGGGCGCAGCAGCCGCCCAGGUAGCGUACGCGGACGCCCUGAGAAGACAACAGGAGGCCCAGUUGCAGGAAGCUUUGGAGCUGGAGGAGGCUUAUCAUCGGCAACAGCAGCAGCAGCAACAACAACAACAACAGCAACUCUAUUAUCCGGAAGAGUACCAACUGUACUCUCAACAGGGAGCGUAUAUCGAGGAGACACCAGACAUGAACCAGAUGGCACACGCGAUGGCUAUGGGUAUGGGAAUCCAGGACCAACAGGGGUACGAUCCCAACUACCAGGAUUCUACCCCGACACAGUACCUGGAGGACUAUCACCAUUCGCAUCCGACAGUCCCUUCUCAUUCCUAUCCCGCCGCGCAUCACCACCAUCACAGCUCCCCGGUCUCGCCCUACUCGCUCGUCAACUACCAGGGUUACCCUCCAUACGAGACGGUGGCGCCCUACUCCGAAACAGCCCCGGUGGAUUACGCUUUGGACGGACACCAGCUGCCUAUGACCACAAUGCAGCUUCAGGACCACCACAACCACCACAUGGCCGGCAGGGCGGCGGUAUGA